UACACAAUGGAGAUCCGAAAGAAGUCGGGAACCAAGAAUCGUCCCGAUGAGUGGAUGGUUGAACAGGGCAUGGCGGGCCAUAAGCUGCCCAUUCUCGACCAGACUGUUGGAAAGGAGACCCACAAAGUGUUCCCUCCCGAACCAUACAGGAUCCUCCAGGAUAAAAAGGCGAUUCGAGCGGUUGGCGAUCGCAACAAACUUUUUGCCCGUGAACGAGAAGGCUGGGUAGGAUAUGUGGAGUGGGAAGAUUAUCCAGACAAGAAGGCCAAGGCCCACAAGAUCUUGACUUCGCAGACCUUCCCACCUUGCCCUGAUUUUCAAUGGGGGCCUAUCCCCGGGACUAACCCUGUUCUUCCUGGCGAUGAUUUCAAAGCCUGGCAUACCGCCAUUGGGGGAGAGUUAGCCUCCGUUGCUGAUAGUUCCUGGAAAACGGUGUUGAAGGAAAAGCACCCCGAAAUGUUGCACCUUUUGCAAUUUCCUUAUAACGGAGAGCCUCCAAAGCGGCUGGUGACCUCGAAAGCGAUCACGCCAAACUCGCUCCACUUCGUGCGCAACCAUGGUGGCAUCCCACUAAUCGACGUGGAUGAGUUCGAACUGAAGUUAGACGGACUAGUUAAGAACCCCAAAAAAUACACAAUGAACGACCUUAUGGAUGAGUCCAAGUUUCCACGAAUGGAGAGGACGAUCACUAUACAGUGUUCGGGAACCCGUCGCAUUGAGCAGAUCUCACUGUACGCUGGCCAGGGUGACGAAGUCCCCCAGGCCCCGUGGGCCGAGGGGGCUAUUGGCGCCGCCCGGUAUGUGGGUAUCAGCUUGAAGAAGGUCAUCAAAGACUGCGGAGGUCUGAUUAACGGUGCCAAACACCUCGAACUCUAUGGUGCUGAAACCUAUGUUAAGGAUCUGGAGGUGGGCAACUAUGUUGUCAGCGUUCCUUGGUCCAAGGUCAAGGCCAACGAGGUCAUCCUCGCCUGGGAGAUGAAUAGUGAGACGCUCCCUAAGAUCCACGGUUAUCCCUUGCGGGUGAUCGUGAUGGGCUACAUUGGAGCUCGGAGCGUUAAAUGGCUAUACCGCGUAAAAGCGAUUAUGGAUCCGACACUAGCCCCAGUCCAGGCUAGGGAAUAUCUAUACUUCAACCAGCAGGUAGGCAAAUACAACCAGCGCCCAAUCGACGGCAUUCAGAUCCAGGAAAUGCCGGUUAGCUCGGCGAUUAUGUCUCCCUGGACCAAACAAGUGGUGAUGCACGAUGGCAAGAUCCAUUGUAAGGGCUGGGCCUACUCCGGUGGCGGCCGGUGGCCCGAACGUGUCGAGUUGUCGGCGGAUGGGGGCUUCAACUGGUACGCAGUACCGGAAGAGCAGCUGUCUGAAAAGGGUAAAUGGACCUGGCGGACGUGGGAAAUCGAUCUUCCGUGCGAUGUGGAAGGGUGGAUUGAGAUUGUUUGCAGGUGCUGGGAUAACUCGCUCAACACACAACCGCUGAACGUGCGUGCGGCCUGGAACUGGGGGCUUCACGUGACAUCAUCGGCCCACCGCAUCAAGGUGUAUAGCGUCAACAAGACUCGGAAGCUCACUCAGCAGAAGAUCGCGGAGUUUGAGCGGAACAAUAUUGAUUUGGCCCCUCUCACCCGCUAUGACCCUAUCCCAGGCUUGACCGAUGAAGAGUUGAGCAAGUACCAGAAGGCCCAUCCCCGCGAUGUCGAUGUGUGA